GUUUCCUUUCGUGUUGGCAAAGACAGUGUAAGAUCCAAGUACUGAAAAGCAAAGUCCAAGUUCAUUCUUGCCCAAUUUCUCGCUCCCGUUCGUCUCUUUGUAUCUCCAUUCGCCAUGACGAAGCAGAACGCCAACUGGUCUCCAUAUGACAACAAUGGAGGAACUUGUGUUGCUAUUGCUGGAGCCGAUUACUGUGUUAUCGCAGCCGAUACUCGAAUGUCGACUGGUUACAGUAUUCUCACUCGCGAUUACUCCAAAAUCUGUAAAUUGGCAGAUAAAUGUGUGAUGGCCUCUUCUGGUUUUCAAGCUGAUGUGAAAGCCUUACAAAAGCAAUUGGCAGCAAGGCACCUGAUCUAUCAGCAUCAGCACAACAAACAAGUGAGCUGUCCUGCAAUGGCUCAACUACUCUCCAAUACCCUUUACUACAAGCGCUUCUUUCCUUAUUAUUCAUUUAAUGUUUUGGGUGGCCUUGACAAUGAAGGUAAGGGUUGUGUCUACACAUAUGAUGCUGUUGGUUCCUACGAGAGAGUUGGAUAUAGCUCUCAAGGUUCUGGUUCCACACUCGUCAUGCCAUUUUUGGAUAAUCAACUGAAGUCUCCCAGUCCUCUCCUAUUGCCUGCCCAGGAUGCUGUUACUCCACUUUCAGAAUCUGAAGCAGUUGAUUUAGUCAAAACUUGUUUUGCAUCAGCAACCGAGAGGGAUAUAUACACUGGAGACAAGCUGGAAAUUGUUGUCCUAAAUCAAGAAGGUCUUCACCGUGAAUACAUGGAACUGAGGAAGGAUUAGUUUCUAUUCAGAGCCCCGCUACUGAUUUAAGUUGAAUGCUUGGAGCAUAACUUAAUUUUUACUAAAUUUUCCUUAAUUCACAUGUUAUGUGGUUUUCCUUUUUAUCGAAUUUAGUUUGCACCACUGCAUUCCCGUUGUAUUAGAUUUGCAAUGAUGAUAUCUGUACCAGACAGGAGUUUCUAUCUACAGAGUCAUGACUUUGGAAAAAUAGAUUUGGUAAUGGUGUUAUUAAUGAUCAUUUGGUUUUGAGCUAGCA